CGUGCUCGCUCUCGCGGCCGCGCGGCUCCGCGAGUGACGUCACGUCUCGUCUCGCUGCCCCAACAUGGCGGACUUUGACACCAUUUACGAGUUAGAAGACGACGACGAAGACGAGCGCGUCGUCAUCGACGAGCACCUGUCCAGAUACUGCCCGGAGCCGGUUGUAAUGCGCGGAGCCGGACACAUCACGGUGUUUGGGCUGAGCAACCGAUUUGACACGGAGUUCCCAUCCAUUCUCACGGGAAAGGUGGCGCCGGAGGAGUUCCGCACCAGCGUGGGUCGCGUCAACGCCUGCCUGCGGAAGAACGUGCCCGUCAACGUCAAGUGGCUGCUGUGCGGCUGUCUGUGCUGCUGCUGCACGGCCGGAUGCAGCCUGUGGCCCGUCAUAUGCCUCAACAAGAGGACGAGACGGUCCAUUCACAAGCUGUUAGAAUGGGAGAACAACCGAUUGUACCACAAGCUGGGCCUGCACUGGAAGCUGAGCAAAAGAAAAUGUGAGAGCAGCAACAUGAUGGAAUAUGUGAUUCUUAUAGAAUUCUUACCCAAGUAUCCAAUACUGAGACCGGAUUGAGGAUGCAGGCUGCGCCCCCCUCUUCCUCUUCAGUGCCUUGCCGGAAUGAAAAGAAACGAAUCGACGACUCCCCGAUCCCCGCGCAACCGUACGUGGAACUCUCGCCACAGUCACUUUGCUUUUGGGCGCAUUUUGCACAGCCAAUGAGACAAGACGCCCGCCUUGUUGCACUCCUCCCUCAUUUUUUUGUGUGUUUGGGUAAGAACUCGUGAAUCGACUCUGAAGACCGGAGGAAGACGUUACGGCCUUAUAUUUAAUCACCCCCCCCCCCCCCCCCUGUAAAAUGGAAGGUUAAAUCAUUGCUGCGCUGGCUUUUCUCUGUUCCACGUCUUGGCAAGUCUCCUUCCCGCUUUGUAAAUACUUUUAACAUCAAAUGUCCAUUGUUUACAUAUUAGCUGUUUAAGUUGUUAUUGCCAAUUAAUUCCUGUACCAUAGUUUUUCUUUCUCGUUCGUAUGGACCUGUUUACCUUGUAAGCCAUAUACAGUAUAUUGUAGUUGAAGAGAAUCCCAUAUGCGUCGGAGUGUUGAAGCUGUCGUGUUUGCCAACAAGGAAGAUUGGAACCCUGUAGUCGUGUCCCGGUUUUUUGUUGAGUUUACAGGUGUCAAAGUCAGGGGCAGGGCCGGAUAAAAUUACAGGCAAUGGUGUUAGUCGUUUUUCAAGCAAAAUUGAAUUUUUCCCUUUUUUUUUUAAGCAGAAAAUUGUUUACAAAAUGUGUUUUUUUUCCUUGCAUUUAUUCUUGCGGGGACGGAUAAAAUGACAAGCAAUGGUGUUCGUUGUUUUUCAUGCUAAAUUUUAUUUUCCCCAUUUUUUUUUUAAGCAGAAAACUGUUUCCAAAAUUUCUUUUUUCCUUGCAUUUAUUCUUGCAGGGCCGGAUAAAACGACAGGCAAUGGUGUUUGUCGUUUUUCAUGCUAAAUUAAAUUUUUCCCAUUUUUUUUAAGCAGAAAAUUGUUUACAAUUUUUUUUUUUUCACGCCGAAAAUUGUUUCCAAAAUUUAUUUUUUCUACUUGCAUUUAUUUCUCACCAAAUCCAGAAACCAUACCGUUCAUUUCCAAUUUAAAAUUAAACCUGUUCACAAUUAAAUUCAUCGCCAAUAUUGUAUAUGUAAUAUGAUUCAGUGAUUACAAUUUUACAGUGUAUGGUUUUCACUAGGUUUGCAAAAAGGGAUGGGGGAGGGGCAAAUACCAUGAGAAUUUAAACUGGGGAAUCCUGCAAGUAUUACAAAUUGAAAACAUUUCAUGGAAAUUAACCGGCAAUUUAGUGUUAUAUAACAGAAAUCAAAAAAUGUUUUUGUCUUAAAGACAUCAUCCAAAUUAGAUCGCUCUGUUUUCCGACAUGUGAUGGAAUUUACAUGACCUUAAUUAUUAACCCAUUCAUGCAUGGGCAGGGUGGCAAUUAUUUUGCCUUGUUGAGAUAAAAAUCUCCUAACAGGUCACAAUCAAGGAAAUAACUUCUUUUUCUUUUAUGGUUAAGUUAUAACUUUACUAAUUUACAAUCUCGUCCAAAAAAUGGGACGCUGCCCGCGAAUAGGUUAAAUUUUUACUUUAGCGGUUACCAAAUCCGAGCCUGUUUGCAUCUCAAAUUCUUGUUCACGACGCACAAAAAUCCAACAAGUGAAUCAAAAUGGCACUGAAGGAAAAACUAUAGCUAUGUGGCGGCCCACGGUUAAAAUGAGUUUGACACCUCUGGUUUUGUUACAUCCCAACAUGCUGUUUAUUUGACCUCUAUUAUUAUUAUUAUUAAGUUAAAAGAGCAGAUGGUUCCUUUGUUUUUUCUGAAGAUGCAUCCAUUUGUACUGAUAAGAGUGCCUUUCCCAUCGUUGAACCACAGAGCCCUGCAGGCUGAAAUUUUGUCCUGUCACCAUUUCUUGUUUGUCCACACUAACAAAAUUCUCUCUCACGCACACGCACAGACAGAAAAUAAAAACUAAUUUGGACUUUU